AUGGUCGUGGUUGCCUCUUCGGUCUUCAUUCUGCUGUUAACGGUAUUGUCGCGCUCGAGCCAUGCGGCUCCAGGGCGCAACACCUGCGACAGUUUAGAAAACGGCUACCAAUGCAGGCCGAACGUUACGCACCAUUGGGGCCAGUACUCGUCGUACUUCAGCGUCCCCUCGGACAUCUCCGACGAGAUACCGCACGGCUGCCGCGUUACAUUCGCCCAAGUCCUCUCCCGUCAUGGAGCGCGCGACCCUACAACCUACAAGACGGCCCUCUACAAAGUCUUGGUGGACAAUAUUCAGAGAAGCGUCACAAGCUUCAAGGGGAAGUACUCCUUCCUAAAGAACUACGAGUACAGUCUGGGCGCCGAGCAGCUCUCCGUCUUUGGGCAACAGCAGAUGUUCAACUCCGGAGCGAAAUUCUACAAUCGCUAUGGGGCCCUUGCCGGGCAGAAUCCACUGUUCAUACGCACCACAGUCUCACACCGGGUCAUAGUGUCUGCCGAAAACUUCACACAAGGAUACCACGAGAUGAUGCGCCAUGAUAAAGACGCCAGUCGAAAGGGAGACUAUCCGUACAGUCCUGUCGUUCUCGACAAGAAUCAGGGGCCCAACGUUACCCUAAGCCACAAUCUCUGCGAUGCAUACGAGCGUCGAAACAGGAGCAUAAGCGAUGAAGCUCGAGAGACCUGGGCUUCUGUGUUCAUACCGCCUAUCUGGACGCGAUUGCAUCGUGACCUCCCAGGCCUUGACAGUGUUAACCUGAGACUAAGUGACAUAGUACUGUUGAUGGACCUUUGUCCAUUCGAGACUGUCGCUUCGCCGACGGGUGCGAUCUCCCCUUUCUGCUAUCUUUUCAGUGAGCAGGAAUGGCAGCAGUACUCCUACUUCAAAUCGGUCAAUACGUACUACGCCUUCAGUCACGGAGCCACUCUGGGACCGACCCAGGGCGUUGGCUGGGUCAACGAACUGAUCGCCAGGAUGACUGCGUCGCCAGUCGAGGAUGUUACAUCCGUCAAUCACACCUUAGAUGAUGACACGAAGACCUUCCCGGUUGGGAAAGGCCAUGUACUUUUUGCGGACUUUGGUCACGAUAAUGGUAUGACAACCAUCUUCAGUGCCAUGGGUCUCUACAACGACACCAAGCCGCUCGCAUUUGAUCAUUUAGAUUCAGCAAAGACGAACGGUGGGUACAGCGCCGCGUGGACGGUGCCCUUUGCGGCGAGGAUGUAUGUGGAGAAGAUGGAGUGUGAAGGCGAGAAGAAGGAGCUGGUUCGGGUUAUAGUUAAUGACCGAGUGCAGCCGCUUAAGCAGUGCGGUGCGGACAGGCUGGGCAGAUGCACGCUUGAUGCGUUUGUAAGCAGCUUGGAGUUUGCAAGGAACGGGGGGAAGUGGGACAAGUGCUUCACGUAG